GAGCGGCAGGAGGAGUCGAUGUAGGCUUUGGCUUCAUUUUCAGCAGACCUCGGCUGGAACGGGCAGCUUGUACCAACAUCCGCUGCAGCCAGCUAUGGACUUCAUCGAUCGGAUCUUAUCCUUGGCGUUAUCGAUCCACAGGCUGUCUCAGGAGGUGAAGGGCAACAAGAGACGCUGCCAGCGUGUGGCCCAGCGUGUCAAAGCACUGGAAGAACUGGUGAUGGCUGUCAAACUGAAGGGUCCUGACCAAACCAUUCCAGACGUGAACAGAGCUCUCAGGGAACUGAAGAUCACGCUGGAAUCAGCUGAGCAGCUGAUCACCAAGUACACUUCUUCCAGCUUCCUCAAUCGUAUCAUCAAUGCCUACAACCACGGUGAAGAGUUUGGCGUUUUGAACGAGCGUCUCAACGAUGCGUACCAGGUGCUUUCUCUGUCUCUUCAGGUGGACCAUGGAGAUAAACUACACAAGGUGUUUGAAAUCACCUCCCGACAAGCAGAGGAUGAAAAAGACAGGAAGGAGGAUCAUGCAGAGCUACAAGAAUUGCUCAGUGAGAAGAUGGACACCAUGCAAGAGACACAGGACACAACACUUAAAGAAGUACAAGACAUCAAACAGAACAUGAGGACAAUGAUCGAAACCAUAAAUAAACCCAGGAUCAUCCCUCAGGACAUCCGAGAGAUCAAACCAGAUGAGUUGACCUAUGAACUUCCCAAACGACCGUUCAUGACAACCCCCAUCUCAGAAGUUUACAGAGGAGAGUACAACAAAUUCACUGUGGCCAUUAAAAGAUACACCUAUCCCAUUACCACCUCUCCAAAUGAGGUGAGGCAAAUUUUCCGGAAGGAGGUGGAAACAAUGAGGCGCUUUGAGUCGCCCAACAUCCUGCGAAUGUUUGGAAUCUGUGUCCAGGAUGAGAGCGGGCCCAGUCCAAACUACCUCAUUAUCAUGGAGUACUGUGAGAAGGGCAGCCUCAGACAGGUGCUGGACUCUCAGUGUAAAUUACCCUGGACCAGGAAGGCCCGCAUAUGUCUGGAUGCAGCACAAGGCCUCUACAGACUGCACCAGACUGAGGAAAAAUUCAAGCUGCAUGGAAGCAUCAACAGCAGCAAGUUCCUGGUGGCAGAAGGCUACAGGGUCAAGCUGGGUGGUUUGGAGCUGGCAAAAACAGAGACAUCACUGAGGAGGAGCAAGGAGAGGAAGAGUAGCUCCCUGUGUUAUUGCUCCCCUCAGCAGAUGGCUGACGUCAACUAUAUCUACAACAAGGAGUCCGAGAUGUACAGUUUUGGGAUUGUCCUGUGGGAAAUCGCAACCCGGAAGAAGCCUUUUGAAGAUUGUUCACGUGAAGUGAUCUACAAGAGAGUAUGUGAAGACAAAUACCAAGAGCCACUACCUGAUGACUGCCCAAAAAAACUGGGGGAGCUAAUUAAUGCCUGUCGCUCCUGUAAAUGUUUCAAUAGGCCGUCAGCAGGAGUGGUGGUGGACAAACUGCGCAAAGUGGUGGAGCAGUUAGAAGAGGACUAAAGACAGAUGUUCCACAUGUUCCUGCUUGACCCUCCCGUUCCCGGUUUGGAGUUUAUAUGGUGUGCGUGGUCACCCUGUGCACUCUUAGACCUGGCCUGUGCUCUAUUUUUACAGAAAACUUUAAGCCGUGAUGUUGAUUUCGUAUGUUAUUUCAGGUGUUGGGGUUGUUACUCAAGAAGAAACACUUAAUCAUUUUCACUUUUCAAAAGUAAUUCUUUGCUACUCAAUACUUAAUACUUUGCUACUGAAUACUUGCUAUCAUACUCACGACUCCUUGGGAAGAGUCAUAACAAUACUCAUGGUAGUAAUUUGCCUGUGCAUCCCGUUAAGACAGUCAUUCCUUCCCUUUCAUUCAAAAGUUGGUACAACGUUUUGCCGGUCAGGGUAAAAGAAUAAUGUGUAUCUCCAGUGUCAUUGUCAUCCUUUAGUAUGGUGUAAUCAAACUAGUAGAAAAUCAUGACCCAGUGAAAAAAGCAUUUCUUUUUACUCUACACCAAGCUGGCUCAGAUAGUCCCUGAGUAAAGCGAGAGAAGAUUUACCAGUUGUGUGAAAAGUGAAUAUG